AUGCAAGCUAUCAAGAUUUGCAUCAUUCUUGUUUUUGUCAAUGCUGAAACCGAUGUUGAAUGCGGAACGGUUUACGAUGGUCGGGCGAUUCAACUGACCGGGCGAUACCUUCUCGAGAUGGAAUAUGACGAGUGCUUCUCUCUUUGCACUUUUGUUCACGCGAUAACAUACGGGCCGUCUACUGCUUCUGGUCAUAUCUGCAAUGCUAUCUACAACCGCGGUUUCAAGCGAUGUAAUCUGCACCAUACAGCUCUCAGCAAGGAAAUCACCGAAACUAUAAGGGAAUUCGAAGGCACAAGAAACACCGGCUCAGUCAUGGUCAGAAACAAAAAGCAUUGCUCUGCCAUUUGUGAUCAAAUCCCUUCAUGUUUUAUCGCAGUGACGAAAUCGAGAGGACGACAUGGGCACACCUGCUCUCUUUUCUCUGGAAACUUUGACUACACGAAGCCAGGAAGAUGUAAUGCUGCUAGCUGCUCUUGCAAAAGAAAACCAAGCAGAUCACCAAGAACUUUCUUUGCCUGA